AGAGCAGCACUAAACUACCUCUUUCUCCCCGUGUGUGUGCUGCUUCAUAGUUUUUCGCUCUGCUUCCGCUUGGACACAAAAUGACACGCUUCUAAACUUUUGCUUCGGUUCAAUGAACUUCCUCUCUUUAUCAGGUAACAAUCAUGGAUCCUGUCAGGCAGAGGCGCAAAGAGGACAUCAGCAGAGCUCUGACAUUCAUACAAUCUUCGCUGGCUUAUCCAGAGCCAGAGGGCUACCAGGAUUUCCUGACCCAGUUAGUGUGCAACCUACUCGAGGAGGGCAAUGCCUGCUUCAGAGAUGGAGACUGGGAGCAUGCGAAGAGGGACUUCAGUGAAGGCUUGAACGUGUCACACUAUGCUGCAGGAGAGGGCAUCCAGAUCCCCCAAGCUUUACUGGAGAGCCUCUAUGUCAACCGGGCCACUGCCUACCAGAGCAUGGGGGAGUAUGAUCGAGGCGUGAAGGACUGCGACAAAGCUUUGGAAGUGUUCAAGGACAGUCCCAGGGCUCUGUACAGGAAGGCGCUUUGUUUAAAGGGGCUUGGGAAGUACAGAGAGGCUUACAACUGCACCACGGACUGUCUGCUCAUUACUCGUGUGGACAAACAAGUGAAUGAGCUGGCACAGGAGCUGGCCAUCCAUCUGGGACUAAAAAAUCGAAAGCCCUAUGUCAGUGCAAAGGAAGGUGGACUUACUGUAAGAGGCUCUGCAAAUGGAAACAUAGCUGCUGAAACCAUCCAGGUGGCUGGUGCUAAUGUAGGAAAUGGUAUAAAUCCUUUAGUUGGCAUCGCACCAGUCAGCUUUACCAACAUGCCUCCUUACUUCCGUCCUGCCAUAACUCCUAACUGCCACCAGCCUGCUGUCGCCUCAGUACUUGACACUUUUGAGGACUCCGAGUUGAUCGGAGAUGACUUGGACAGCCUUCUCGACUGCCUCCCUAAUGAGCACGAGCCAGCUGAGGCUGCAUUCUCUGUCCCCAGCAGCACCGUCCCUUCAGCCCUGCCCACCCUGCCGGCCCCAACACCCCAGCUACCCCCAGCCUUCUUCACUUCAGCCGUCAGCACACUUAACUGCCUGGAUACGCUCACAAGUGGUUUGGACAGCGAACUGGAUGCCCUGGGUGACAUCUCACCCGUGCAGGGGCUGGAUGCCUUAGAUAACUUCUCUUCUGGAGUCACAGGUGCUCCGAACCUAGGUCUGACCUCCACGGCGCUGGAUGCUCUGGAUGCUCUGGAUGAUCUUGAAUCUUUGGAUGACUUGUUGGAUGCAGUGCCAUGUGUUGAUACUGUGAGGGACGUUAAUGAGUCCAAAACAUACCUAGACACUGAGGAAAAGUCUCUUGAUGAUUUGCUUGAUGAGCUAGAUUCCAUUGACACCAUCUCAGAUCCAAGUGGUCAGAGUGGUUAUGUCUCUAAAAUGGGUGUGAAUGCUGUGGACCAGCUUGACACCCUCAAUGCCUUGGAUUCGUUUCACUUCAUGGAAGGAAGGGUGCCAGCAGUCUCCAUAGAGGGAAUGGGCCUAGACCCACUUUCCAAUUUCAGCUCCACUGGUGUUCCAGGCUCUUAUAAUGCUGUCACUCCAGGAAUCCGAUCUCCUAACAUCUACCAAGAGAUGAGUGACCAAGCUUCACCUGCAAGCUCCAACUCUCUGGCCCACACCCACGAGUUCAUGCCUGCCUGUUCUGCCUGUUUCCCUCGAGAAGGUAAAGGGAUAUAUAGUUAUGUUCACAAGCCAGAUCUGGUCCACAGUUGUGAAAAAGACAUUCUGUUAUGCAGACGAAGGACUGGCUUUUUUUCACAGUGGACCAGAGUGCGACCGCUUCCUUGCUGGAAAUCCUUUAUUGGACCAUAUUUAAUUUGUAAAGAGCUGACAAAUUCUAUGGAAGGCACGUGUAAGUAUGGAGAGAAAUGCAACUUUGCCUUCAACCAGCUGGAGAUUGACGUUUGGACAGAAGAGAGAAAGGGCUCGCUGGUCAGAGAGCUGCUGUUUCAACCGGCAGCAGUCAAACUGGAUCCGGUAACCAGCAUCAUACGACUUGUGGAGGAACACAGGGGCAUGUUCCUGUUCGUCUGUCAGACAUGCUUCGACGGUCAACCGAAGGUCAUCAGUGAGCGCUGCAAAGACAAUCCCACUGUCUGCUCGAAUGCGCGCCACUCCUUCGAUGCCAAUAAGUGCUUAGCCUUCGUGGUGAAGUCCAGUGUGAGCUUCAGAAAGAUCCGCCCGCUGAGUGUCCUGUGCCAAUUUGAUUUGUGCCGCCAUGCUAUCCGGUACGGUUGCCAGAGAGAAGACAGCUGCGCCUAUGCCCACUCUGUCGUCGAACUCAAAACCUGGAGGGUGCAGCUAGACACAGGUAUCACUUCUGAUGAGAUUGUGAAAGUAUCAACUAAUCACGAGAACGCGUUGAAACAGAAAGUGAAUAGAUUGUCUGCUGGUGGAAGUAAACCAAAAGGAGGUGGAGGGGGAGUAGCAGCAGGAGGAGGAACAGGAGGUACAGCAGCAGCAGGAACAGGAGCAGCAGCAGCAGCAGGAAAAGGAGGAGCAGGAGCAGCAGCAGCAGUAGGAGUAGCAGGAGCAGCAGGAAGAGGAGGAGCAGCAGGAAGAGGAGGAGCAGGAGGAGUAGGAGGAGCAGCAGGAAGAGGAGGAGCAGGAGCAGCAGCAGCAGGAGGAGUAGGAGGAGCAGCAGCAGCAGGAAGAGGAGGAGGAGCAGCAGCAGCAGGAAGAGGAGGAGGAGCAGCAGCAAGAGGAGGACCAGGAGCAGCAGCAGGAGGAGUAGGAGGAGCAGCAGCAGCAGGAAGAGGAGGAGGAGCAGCAGCAGGAGAAGGAGGAGGAGUAGUUGGGAAGAGUCCGAACCUGAAGAUGAAGUUUGUCUGUAUUCAGUGCUGGCGGGACGGCCAGAUUAUUGAGCCAGACAAAACCCUCAGAUACUGCAACUCCAAGGCCAGACACACGUGGGCUAAAGACAGACCGAUACUCCUGGUGAAGUCCUUGGAGAGAAGUAAAUGGGUUCAGGUCCGACCGCUGCCACAUGCCAAAAACUUCCCCGUGCAGUACGAUGUAUGUAUCCAGAUUUUAAACAAAAAGAAAUGUACCUACAUUGGGAACUGCACCUUUGCCCAUAGCCAUGAGGAGAAGGAGAUGUGGAUGUACAUGAAGAAUAAUGACCUACGGGACAUUCAGCAGGUGUAUGAAAUGUGGCUGAGAUUAACCACCCAGAAACGCCAAUCUGAAGCAGCCUUGACCUCCCCUACCAUCUCAGAAGAGAAAAACAUCGCCAUGCCAACUGAUUAUGCUGAACCAAUGAGUGACCUUUACUGCCGUCUGUGUGGUAAGCACAGUAACAGCGAGCGGCAGUGGCAGCAGCACAUCUCCACUGAGAAGCACAAGGACCGUGUGUUCAGCUGUGAGGGAGAAGACGAGGCUUUAAUGUGGAGCUACCGAUUUCCUGGUGCAUGCUUUGUACUCUGCUCCAAGUUGGAUGGCACCUGUCCUGAUGGCAUGAGCUGUGACUACGCCCACAGCCACGAGGAGCUGCAGGAGUGGACCGUGAGACGAAAUUUGUUUCGACAGAAGCUGGCCAAAGCCCGGGAAGAGAGGCUCAUCAUGCCUGACGAAUUUGACUUUGGAAAGUACAACUUUCUACUUCAAGACUAAGAAGAUACUUUUUUUUUAUGGAUAAAGACUUUGUGAGCCAAUUUUUGUGACUGUCAAACUAUCAGUGUCUUAAGAGUUUUUACAACUAAAACCAAAACCAACCAGUGAUGUGAGCAAUAGCAAUAGAAUGAGAAAUAGCAAUCUGUUCAAUUUACCAAAAGAUCAUUUGAAAUAUGAAACACUUCUUCCUUUCCAAAACAUACCAUGUACCAUGUACUUGAAAUUGGUAAAUAUUUUUAAUUCUUUCUAAUAAUGGUGUAUGGAACUUUUUCAUGGGAACUUUGUCUGUUCAGCUAAAAAUCAACAUCAGUAAAAAAAAAAAAAUGCAGUGCUGUGAAACUUAGGCUCAUGUUGGUGCCACUCUAAAAAACACAGCAGUCUUAUACACACAUAUACACAUACAAUUCAUCACAGAAUAUUUUAAUAAUAGGUUAAUAUCAUAUACAUAAUCUUACCUGCAGCCUUUACAUACUGCUAUCCAUGUCAUAUCUUUGCAAAAGGUUGUUUUAUUUUCUGUUCAAGCAGGGAGUAUUUUGAAGUGCUUUCAUUGCGUAGGUCACAAAACUACUGUAAACAUGGGGCAUCUCAGUUGAAUCAUAUGCUGAUAAAUGGAAUAUUUCCAGAUAUUUGCUUUAAUCUCAGAGAGGAUUUAUCAAAGCCUUAACUAUGCAUUAAAUACUCUCCACAACCUGAUUUCUCAAGUUUUUCACCAUUAAGCACAAAUAAAAAUGGUCAUGUUCAGAUCUGAUU